CCUGCCUUCUUCCACCCUGAUGGUAGUGACAGAAAUAUACGCCAGGGUCCAGUAAAUAGCAAUCAGUGCUAGAAAUCGCGUUUGAAUAACCUAUCAAGCUAUCUUUCCAAAAUCCGAUCUAUUUCCGGGGAGCGUGCCCCGAAUAUCGAUAUAUAUUCAUCGGUCCGUGGCCUCGUCGAACACUUUCCUUCAUGGCAUCGGUCCCCCACAUACACGAUGAGCUUGCUGCCAAUCCCGAACGUGUCGUUGUAGACACCAAAUACGGUAGUGUGACCGGUGGUCGAGCGAAGAAUGGGACAGCCACGUUCUUAGAGGUGCCCUAUGCGCUACCACCUGGACGAUUCAUGGAUCCGGAACCACUUCCAUUGGACUACAAGUACGAGAAGAAGGAGUACAUCACGGAGGAUACCUGGGCAUUUCAGCCAAGAAGAGACGGCCAAGCGGCCGCCGGGAGUUACCAUGUCGAUCAAGUGGGCUACGGAAAACCCUCCGAGAAUCCUCUCUUCGUGAACAUCUUCGUUCCGUCGUCUUUCCCGUCUCAGAAAGGAUUCCCAGUCAAGGUAUACUUGCAUGGAGGGUUCCUGCAAUACAGUUCUCCACAUCGUAUAACGUAUCAAAACCAAUUCGUGGCUGCAGACCGUUCGGAGGUGUGGGUAAACGUCGGUUACCGCCUCUCCGCCUUUGGAUUCCUGGCGUGUGAUGAGCCCUUGGUGAAGGGAAAUUUUGGUUUCAAAGACCAGUGGGUCGCGCUAGAGUGGGUGAGGGACAAUAUCAGCGUUUUUGGAGGAAACCCGGAAGACGUCCAGCUCGUCGGAUUAUCGGGAGGCGCCCAUGCCGUUCAUCAGAAUCUACAUCACGUUUCCCAUCUUCCCGAGGGCGCCCAGUCCCCAUUCCAAUCUGCUCAUCUAAUGUCAAAUGCCAUGGUUCUGACCCCAAAGACGCGAGCAGAAAUGCGCCCUCAAUUCCAAGCCUUCUGCCGUGCCCUACACCUUGACCCCACCUCAUCUACCAUCCUCGACGACCUUCGCGCAGUUCCUGCCGAAACAAUAUGUCGCACCAUCGAAAGCAAAGCAGCCGGGCCAAACAAUAGCACCUUCCGCGGAUGUGUGGACGACGACUGGCUAACCUCAACAACCGAUACGAUGACAUGGCAGCGCUCAGGAGCCUUCGCCAAGGCGCUCAAGGACAAAGGCGUCCGUAGUGUUAUCCUCGGAGACCUAACAGACGAGUGGUACUUCUACUCCACCUCGUCCGUCAUCGAGAAACCAGCAGACAUCGUUCCCAAUCUGGAGAGGUAUUACCAGGACGAUAUCGCGGAGAAGAUUAUGGGCCAGUACGAGAUACUGGGAGAUGAUGCCACCCCAGAGGAGUGCGCGAGGAUGUUUGGAAGGAUGACUUCUGAUUAUCAGGUGCACUUGCCGGUGAGGAUACUCGCGAGGGAUUUGCACGAUGCAGACUUCCCUGUGCUGAGAUACGAGAUUCGAUGGACGCCAGAGCAGAAUAGGACGAACGGAUACGUUACACAUGGUACGGACACGUAUCUGUGGCAUCUUCGCCUCCCGUCACUGGAACCUUCUCAAGCGGAGAUUGCCAAAGCAUGGAUUAGACGCGUUGAUGAUGAGAGGGUAGCCGUUGAGCGCGCGGAUAAACCCGCAAGAGCGAAUAAUGAGGUAUUUGCUCUAUGUGAAGAUAAGUCUAUCAAAUGGGUGGAGGACGGUAAGUGGAACGAGAAGAUGAGGCUUCUUGUUACGCUCCCGGGAGAGGUAUAG